ACACUCAUAACUUGGAAUUUAUGAUAUAAUCAAAUGGAUGUAGAUGAUAUGGGAUUGGCGGCCAUUUGGGGCCACUGGAUCAUGUAUCAUAUCUUUCUUACUUGGAAUUUAUAUUUCACCAAUAAAAAAAGUAUUAUUGCCAAAGAAGUUGUCUAACUAGAAUGAUUUAUGAAAAAAAUUAAUAAACUAAGCAAAAACUUUGUGAAUUUUUCCCAGCAGGUGUAGAAAAAAAAAGUAAAUCAUUUACAUGGAGCACACGAUUGGACAUUAUUGUGGGAAUUGCUCGAGGGAUUCUUUAUCUUCAUCAAGAUUCAAGAUUGAGAAUAAUUCAUAGGGAUCUUAAAGCUAGCAAUGUGUUACUUGAUAGUGAGAUGAAUCCUAAAAUUUCAGAUUUUGGCUUAGCCAGGGCUUUUGGACAUGAUCAAUCAUCAACAAAAACAGAAAAGGUGGUUGGAACUUAUGGUUAUAUGCCUCCAGAAUAUGCGAUUGAUGGCCUCUUUUCAAUGAAAUCAGAUGUUUUUAGCUUCGGAGUCAUAAUUUUAGAAAUAAUGAGUGGCAAAAGGAACCGAAUGUUUCAUCAUUCAGACCAUGAUCUUAACCUUCUUGGACAUGCAUGGAACCUUUGGACUGAAGGAAGGGCUUCUGAGUUAUUAGAUCCAUUGAUGGAGUGUUCAUUUCCAAUGUCAAAGGUAUUAAGGUGCAUACAAGUUGGUCUCCUAUGCGUGCAAAAAUGCCCCAAAGAUAGGCCAAUGAUGUCAUCUGUGUUCUUAAUGUUGGUUAGUGAUAGUGCAAUUUUGCCUCAACCCAAGCAACCUGGUUUUUAUAUAGAGAGGAGUUCCAACGAAACACAUGAUCAGUCAUUACUUAAAAGUAGUCCUAGCAUUAACGAAGUGACUAUGACAUGCCUAGCAGCUCGAUAAAACAUUUUCUACCUGCAACAAUGGGACCACAUGCAACCUAGGUGGGCAGUUGCCCCUCUUAAGUUUUUAAAAUUACAUUUUUUAUUAUAGUCCAAACAGUUUUUUUUUUUUUU